CAAUCACAGCAGCCUUUUACCACUGCCCAACAGUGCCACCCAUUAGUGUCCAUCAUUGCCACCUACCAGUGCCCAUCAGUGCCACCCAUCAGUGCCCAGCAGUGCCACCCAUUAGUGCUGCCCAGCAGUUGCGCCCAUCAGUGCCCAGCAGUGCCGCCCAUCAGUCAUGCCUAUCAGUGCCUCCUAUCAGUGCCCAUCAUUGUUGCAUAUCAAUGCUGCAUCAUCAGUGCCUCCUCAUCAAUGCCCACCAGUGCCGCCUCUUCAGUGCCACCUUAUAAGUGCAGCCUUUCAGUGCCUAUC